AUGCACAAAGUUGUGCCCCACCUGGGCCAUCCCAUUUUAAAAGAUCUGGACACGCCACUGGCAGAAAGAGGUAACUGUCCCAAAGAUGUGCCUACCAUGAGGCCACUGCCACUGCCACCACUACUACCUUGCGACUUUGACAAUGACUGUCCUGAAGAUGAAAAAUGCUGUUUGUUUAACCAUCAACGUACCUGUGUGUCUCCUGUUCCAACAACACCACGGUGUCCAAUCAUUCCAGGAGUAAUGCCCAUUUGUGGUGAAAUGUGCUCUUCUGACAGUGAUUGUCCAUUUGGUGAAAAAUGCUGCGACAACGGAUGUGGACACGUUUGCUUGUCACAUGAACUGGUGAAACCAGGAAGCUGUCCCAUUGUUCUGUUUUCCCUCCGUUGUUUUGAUCACUGCCGAGGUGACAGCAGCUGUUCCAAUGAGCUGAAGUGUUGUCCAAAUUGUUUAUGCAAAGUAAGUUUGUUUCCAAAUGAAAAUUUUUACAAGUACAUAUCUGGAGAUGCCCCACCUGACAUAUACAGUCAUACACAAACACAGUCACACACUCCCUCCCUCAUGCUCACACAUGCACAUACAACAAAAGACUUACAAAAAUGCACACCGGACACUCACUCAUGCUCCCCAUGCACACCCUAUCCACUCUGGUCCCGGUACUGCUGCACAUUGGGUACAACCAUUACCGGUUACCAGAGUUUGACCCUUUCUGCUGGGGUGCUGAUGAGCAGGCUUCCCAGCCCAAUGCUGAGUACAGCAACCCACCACCCCAGACCCCAACCAGAUGGCCAGAUCUCCCUCCUAGCCUCCAGCCCAAGGAAGCCAAGCAACAACAGAGGUGUGCUAGGACCCCUAGUCUCCCUCCGCCUGCGCCAAUAUAGUGAAUCCCCAAAGAAAGCCUAUGUUAACGAACAAAGUCCUCAAAUUCAGUGCUCCGCCUUCCCUACCCAACCUCUCCAUCACCCACAACCUUUGGUCCCCAUACAAAGGACAAAUAAAAAUAACGUGAUUAACAUCCUCCUCCACCAGACAAUGCUCUCAUAA